AAACUUCGCUGUCCGAUGUCACGGCUGCCGAUGGCGACGAGACAUGUACGCACCCUUGCAAUACGGUAUAGCCGAGAUUCACCCACUUCCAUGGGAUACAUGAGGGUGUCGGGAGGGGAGAGGGGAAAGACAGGCAUGGCGUGUAAGGCCAUUCAAAGGCAGCGGCAAUAACGCGGUCACAGAUUGGGACGCGCUGCUCAUGGAGGUGAAGUGUGCGGGAGACACAGAGAGAAAGAGGGAGAGGCUCCUGCAAAUCUGACGCAGUGCUUGUGGUGUGGUGUCCGCAUAGUUUGCUGCUGUUGGUGUUGUUGUUGUUGUUGUUUUCGUCGUGGGCGCGCCAUCGCAAGGAAUGCAGCGAUGUGUAGUCAGCAAUUCGGGCGUAUUUUUGUUUUAAUGUGAAUAAUUUUUUUGUUUCCUUAAAGGAGAUAGUGCUGUGAGUGGGACGUUACAAGAGAAAGAGGGAGAGGAGAAGGGUUGGCUGCAGAGAGAGAGAGAGCUGCAUUGAGGGUUGAGACGGGAGCACAACGGCGGGGUCUAAGGGUUUCGGCACCGGUGGUUGUUUCUCCGGAGCCGAUUGUUGCAGUGAGGUUCCGGGAGGUCGACGCAUUAAUACAGGGCAUAGCUGGGGUGAGGUGUUUUUGGUUAGAUAGAGAGGUGCGUUGCAUGAGCGAGGGGAGAAAAUAUGGGCAACUGCUGUGCAGGCUCGGCGACGAAGAAGCCCAAGCAGAGGCCGAAUCCUUUUGCACAGGAUGGGUAUCAGGCUAACUCACAAAUUCUGAAGAACCAACCGAAGGCUAAGAUACUCGAUAAGUAUAUUCUGGGGAGGGAGCUCGGGCGUGGGGAGUUUGGCAUCACGUAUUUGUGCACAGACAAGGAGACGGGCGAGACUUUAGCAUGCAAGUCUAUUUCGAAGAAGAAGCUGAGGACUGCUGUGGAUGUGGAGGACGUGCGGCGAGAAGUCGCAAUUAUGAAACACUUGCCUGAGCAUCCCAAUAUCGUUACCCUGAAUGGUGCGUUCGAGGAUGACAAUGCCGUUCAUCUCGUCAUGGAGCUGUGUGAAGGAGGGGAGCUUUUCGACCGUAUCAUUGCGCGUGGGCAUUACACCGAGCGCGGAGCUGCUCAAGUAACACGCACCAUUGUUGAGGUGGUGCAAGCAUGCCACAUACAAGGAGUGAUACACCGGGACCUGAAGCCGGAGAAUUUUCUGUUCGCGAAUAAGAAUGAGAAUUCGGUGCUGAAGGCCAUCGACUUUGGGCUUUCGGUGUUUUUCAAGCCGGGGGAGAAGUUCUCUGAGAUUGUGGGCAGUCCGUACUACAUGGCGCCCGAAGUGCUGAAGAGGAACUACGGGCCGGAGGUGGACGUGUGGAGCGCGGGGGUGAUCCUGUACAUCUUGCUGUGCGGGGUACCUCCUUUCUGGGCGGAGACGGAGCAGGGCGUGGCGCAGGCGAUCUUGCGGGGUGUAUUGGAUUUUAAGAGAGAUCCAUGGCCAAAGGUGUCAGACUCCGCGAAGUCGUUGGUCCGGCGCAUGUUGGAACCGGACCCGAAAGCCCGGUACAAUGCACAGCAGGUGCUGGAUCACCCAUGGCUGCAGAACGCGAAGAAGAAUCCUAACGUGCCUCUGGAUACGGUGCGGUCGCGGUUGAAGCAGUUUUCGGCCAUGAACAAGCUGAAGAAGAGGGCGCUGCAAGUGAUAGCUGAGAGUCUGGGCGGAGAGGAGAUGAACGGGUUGAAGGAGAUGUUCGAGAAGCUGGAUAGUGACAACGCGGGUGUCAUCACGUUCGAGAAAUUGAAAAUGGGGCUGAUCGAGAUCGGAUCUCAGUUGACAGAGCACGAAGUGCGAAUGCUAAUGGGGGCAGCGGAUGUAGAUGGGAAUGGGGCUCUGGACUACGGAGAGUUUGUGGCGGCCGCAGUGCAUUUGCAACGUCUGGGUGAUGAUGAGUACCUGCGAAAGGCGUUCGACGUUUUUGACGUAGAUGGGAGUGGAUACAUUGAGACGGAGGAGUUGAGAGUAGCCGUGGGAGAGCCGUUGAAUGGUUCCCCAAGCGAAUCUGAUGUGGUACAGGGCAUUCUGUUGGAAGUUGACGUUGACAAAGAUGGGCGGAUCAGUUAUGAGGAGUUUUCUGCGAUGAUGCGGAGGGGUACAGAUUGGAGGAAAGCUUCACGUCAGUAUUCUCGGGAUCGUUUCAACAGUCUGAGUAUGAGACUUGUCAGAGAAGGGUCAUUGAAUCCUGAUAAAAGCGUGGCAGUGAGGUAGUUGAGAAUAAGCGAAUCACAAUCUUUACUCCCUUCUUCCCAGCACCUGCAAUGACCAUCUGAAGGUUUUGGAAGAUAUGUUGCUCAAGACAUUUGGCGAUUCGAUUUCAGAUUUUGUGCAGAUUCUUUUGGACUUAACUUUAGGUGUUAGUUGAAGAAUCACUGUCAUUAGUUGGGUGCAAAUGGUGACGUGGUCCCGAUGGCGGACCUGGCUAUUACAAUGCUUUGUACUGCGGUGUCUUGAGGUUGGAGCAAACACGAAGGGUGCAUUCGCGCUACUGCGAGAGGCUUGUUAAGCUUCCGGCAAAACGGAGCAGGCUUAUUCCGCGAGAUUGACGGUACUUCUCGGUGUAUGAGGAUCAGAAGAGGAUCUUAUGAAGUAGGUUCCCUUGUCACUGCUGUGAUGGAAGACUCAGGAUCAUGUGAGAACUUGAAGGGGUUUUGGAGAGUUUGUUGUGGAGUAUGUGCUGGAGCUUCGUACCCCUCGAAGGUCAGGAAAGCAAGAUUUAGUUCCCUUGAAUGCAAUUGAGUUUGUACCACGCACAUGGCUACUCCAUAGUUUCUGGAAUGAAGUCCUUGCCCUUAAACGAUCUUCAAGCAGAGAUUAGAGGACAAGAAAGUAAAUACGGAUUGAUUGUGAACUUUCCGGUGUGUUGACUGGGUUUUAGAACUUCGGUGCUGUAACACGUUUUCUACAGCACACCUUGAUAGUCAUGUUGCACGAGGCUGGAGAACGGUAGCGAAGUCAAAUAAUAAGAAGACUCAAAUUAAACGGCUUUAUUGGCAAACUCUUAAGGGGAAUAGUUGGUCUACAAGCUGCUACUAACCUUUACUUGAGAGUCACGCUGUAAAAAUCAUGGUUGACUUUACUACCUGAGCAGUUUAUGUUACAGUUCACUGCAAUGGGCCCCGCUGCAUAGCCAGAUCGCUCUUGUAAGCGAGUCGCUGGCAUGUAAUCAGCUUUACCAUGAGAUGAAUGGUAUAAAGUUUGUUCUUUAUAAGCUUUCGACGCAAGUUUCCCUCCUUUCAUUUUCAA